UGUGCUCGUAUGGAGUAGACGUGGUAAACUCGAGCUGCCGCUGAUCUGCGAAACUUAUAACUAAUUGUGCGAAAAAAAAAUAAACUUUUUAGUUUGUGACUGGUUGAGUGUUUGAGUUGGAGAGAUAAUUUUACCUGAUAUCCCAGUAAGUCAUAUUUUAUAUCAUUAUUAUGAUGAGCACGAGGCAUAACAAAAAGGGCGAGGAUGAUCUGCUCUCAACAAUUAAAUCGGUUGUCACCAACCUCUGCACAUCUGAAGAUUUCAUUAACAUUCUAUGCAAGUCAAUUACAAAAGUCAUAAGUGAAAAGUUUGAACGUGAAAUUGAUUCGCUCAAGAAAGAGAAUGAAAAACUUCAGGAUACCAUAGCAAAUCAAAAUAUAAUAAUAAAUGGAAUGGAAAGGAAACAAGAGAAAUUUGAACAAUCCUUACGCAGCAAGAAUCUUCGAAUAUAUGGAGUAAAAGAAAACAGAAAUGAAAAUUGUAUUCAAAAUAUCUUGGAAAUCAUAAAUGAAAGGAUGAAAUUGAAAGUGAGUGAAUCGGAUGUUGAGAGUUGCUACAGAGCGGGAAAAUUUGUGGCCGAUUCAAAUAGGCCAAUUAUGGUUAAAUUUUAUAAUAGAUAUCACAAACACAUGGUUUACAAUAAUAAGAAACUUCUGAAGAAAACUGGAAUCAUCAUACGUGAGGACCUGACAUAUGAACAAAUUAAAUUAUUGAAAGCUGCAAUUUCAAGAGUGGGAGAAACUGGAAAAGUAUGGACAAACCAGGGGAAAUUAUUCAUCAAGCUUGAUACUGAUAAAAAUCACCAUCAAAUCAACUCCAUGGAAGACCUAGCUAAAAUCUGAUUAUUUUUCUUUCCUUUUUUUUGUGUUUUUUU